AUGUUCCAGAUCAAGAAACUGGGGCCGAAGCUAGACCCGGAGGAACUGAAUCACAAGAUGCUCGAGGAUGUGGUCUCCUCGGUCUGCAACUUUCUUCUCUACAUGGCCCUGCUGCCCAUCACACCCUAUAUUUUAAAGAAGUUGGACAGCAUAUGAAGAUCAUGGUAGAAGAGAGACAAUGGCAUGUGAGAGCAUGAACUUCAGAAUAUGGUUUCGAUUUCUCUUCCCAUUUGCUAAUCAACAGGCACAAAAAGACAUCAGAGACUUCUGGUACUGAACAGAUAUAAAAACUCCACUUACUAAGAAUGAGUUUGACCUUGGUGAAAAAUGCUAACAACUGAAAGAAGCAUGAAGUUUUUUUCCCUUUGACACUGUUUAAGAAAUGUUAAGCAGACUUCUUUGGUCUCAUACUGCUGUGUCAGUAUCAUUCAAUCUUCAUAACUUUUGGUUGAGUUGUAAAUAGUUUUAUCAAACUACGAUUUGUAGUGAGUACUCAUUGUAAGGGAGCUACCUCUGAAAUUAUCUCAUUACUUCUGUUAAACCU